UCAUUGAAGAAAAAACAAGAAGAAUCUGAAGAAAAAAAUCAUUACGUGGUACAAUAAAGAAUCGAAUGGCCAUUCGACUUGAAACGAGUCUCGCAUCUUUCAAUUCAUCCAUCAUCACAUGCUCCAUUUUCUCGUUAAUUAAUCCCGAGGAUAAUCAAAGAUAUCCAAGUGCUUCGGUCAUAUUAACGGUAUUAUUUCAAACAGAAGUUCAUUUUAACCGAAAAUUUCCAAUUCUGCUCAAUUUCCCCAAAAAAUCCUGAAUUAUCAAUACCACAACGGUCUGAAAUUUUUUAUGGAAUUGUGACAGGGUAAAAAUGUCCGAACUGGCCAAGGAAAAUUCAGAAAAACCAUUACAUUAAAAUUCAAUAGAAUGCACUAAACUCUGAACAGAAUUUACCUUUAAAAAAAUGCCCGAACGACUUGGUUAUCCUUAAUUUCAUAAAAAAAUGAUCACGUGAGUUUGAAAAUACUAGAUGAUCCCCUCUCACUAAUGCUUAUCGAGGCCUAGCUGACACGACCCUGGGGUCAAGCAGCGGAGGAAUCGAUAAGGCCCACCGAAAGAUUUUCCCCUCAGGCAUAACCACAAACCAACAACAUCGAGAAUUUAUCUCGCACCGAGGUUUAUCCGAGUGAAUCCCUCUGCAUGAAAUCACCGCAUAUCGAGGGCAUUACACCAUCGCCGAGUUUGAGAAAAAAAAAUUCAAUUUUCCCCAGUAGAGGAUCAGCUGUGAGAGGGACAAGAUGUUGAGAUUCAGACAAAAGUGUCGACUUGUGGCCAGAAUCGGUGAAGUUAUCAAUGGUAAUGUGAGUUCAAUUAAUGUUGCCUGUAGCCGUUUCAAAUGCCAUCGAAAGCGAGAGUAUUCGACGGAGAUGGAGGCAAGGAAGACGUGUCUGUAUGACUUUCAUGUCGAGAAUAAUGGGAAAGUUGUCAAUUUCGCCGGUUGGCUUCUGCCAGUGCAGUACAAAGAGGCUAUAGCGAUAUCCCACCAACACACACGCACCUCUGCGUCCCUAUUCGACGUCGGGCACAUGUUGCAGACAAGAGUUUGGGGAAAAGACGCGGGAGAGUUCUUAGAGAGUCUCACAACCGCUGAUUUGAAAAAUCUUAAAUCAGGAGGAGCAACGCUCACGAUACUCACCAAUGAUAACGGUGGCAUCCUGGACGACCUCAUCGUCACCAAGGACGGCCAGGAUCGGUAUUUCGUGGUCUCCAAUGCCGGAAGACGAAAGGAGGACAUGGAACUAAUGAACCAGCGCCUGGACGAGUUCAUCAAACGGGGUAAGAAAAUUCACCUGGAGUACCUGGACCCUCUUGACCAGGGUCUGGUGGCUCUGCAGGGGCCGAUGGCAGCAAAGGCUCUGCAGAAUCUCGUGAAAAUUGAUUUAUCGAAGCUGCUCUUCAUGAACUCCGUGGAGACACAGAUUGCCAACUGUAACGUGAGAAUCACCAGGUGUGGGUACACAGGAGAAGAUGGGUUCGAAAUUUCUUUCAGGGGGAGGGAUGCCAGGAGUCUAGUGGGGAUGAUUCUAGAGGCCGAUGAAGUGAAAUUAGCAGGAUUGGGUGCAAGGGACAGUCUAAGAUUGGAAGCAGGACUUUGUUUGUAUGGCCAUGACAUGAAUGAAGACACAACCCCGAUAGAAGCUGGACUUGCCUGGCUCGUUGCCAAACGACGCAGAGCAGAGGGCAACUUCACGGGCGCCGAACGCAUUCUAACGCAAAUCAAAAUCGGCGUCACGAGGAAGCGAGUGGGUCUGAUGCUUGGACAAGGUCCACCAGCUCGGGAAAACGCACCGAUUCUCACCCUCGAAGGUGAAAGAGUUGGAAUUGUUACUUCCGGUGGCCCAAGCCCAACUCUCGGCAAACCGAUCGCCAUGGGCUACGUUCCCACCGAUCUCGCGCAACGGGGGGGAGGCGUUCUAGUGGAAAUACGCGGGAAAACGUACACAGCUACCGUCACGAAAAUGCCAUUUGUCAAGACCCACUACUUCACUGGGAAAUGAUUCUGUUCAUUUGAGCUUUUGUAUGAAUGUAAUAAAUGUUUUUUACACUA